AUGGACAUUCACAUCAGCGGUAUUCAGCUCUACGGCGGACGCGAUGAGUUGAUUCAGGAAGGGGUUUUGAAGUUAGUGUUCGGGACGAAGUACGGUUUGGUCGGUCGAAAUGGAUGCGGCAAGUCGACGCUGUUGCGAGCGAUUUCCGAACGCGUCAUCAAGUUGCCAGAAUUUUUGCACAUCAUUCACGUCGAGCAAGAGGCGUCACCGGACGAGCGGUCCGCGUUGCAGACCGUCGUGGAGACCGACACCGAGCGUCUGUACUUGCUCAAUCUAGAGAAGCGAAUGUUGGACGAAGAACUCGAUCAAAUCGAUGGCAUCGACUUGAACGAGGUGUACGAGCGCCUGGACGAAAUAGACGCCGACACGGCGACGGCGCGCGCGGGACAAAUUCUGGGCGGUCUCGGUUUCGAUCCCGAGGAGCAAAUGAAGGCGACGAAAGAAUUUUCCGGUGGUUGGCGCAUGCGCAUCGCGCUCGCGGCGGCGCUGUUCAUGACGCCGGAUUUGUUGUUGCUGGACGAACCGACGAAUCACUUGGACGUGCACGCUUUGACGUGGCUCGAAGAGUUUUUACGAAAGUGGGAAAAGACGGUCCUCAUCGUGUCGCACGAUCGCGGCUUUUUGAACGAUUGCACGACGGCAACAAUUUUCUUGCACCACAAAAAGUUGCGCUACUACGGCGGAUCCUACGAUACCUUCCUCAAGGUGCGCGCUGAGCACCGAGCCAACGAGGAGGCGAUGCAGCGAAACCAAAGUUUGCGAGAGUCAUCUCUGAAGCAAUUCAUUCAGCGAUUUGGGCAAGGUCACAAGAAAAUGGUGCGUCAGGCACAAUGUCGCAUGAAGAUGCUCGAAAAAUUACAGAGCGAGCGGGUGGACGUGGAUUACGAUGAUCCGUAUCUACGCAUCAAUUUCCCAUCCGCGUCGCCGUUGCCGCCACCGUGCAUCUCCGUGAUGAACGUCGCGUUCGGUUACGAAGGCUAUCAAACCUUGUACCAAAACUUAGACUUUGGGUUAGACAUGGAUAGCCGAGUCGCAAUCGUCGGACCGAACGGGGCUGGUAAAUCGACGUUUUUGAAGCUUCUCGAGGGUGACAUUUUGCCCACCAAAGGUUGGAUUAAUCGUCACACCAAGCUUCGGCUAGCGCGUUUCUCUCAACAUCACUUGGAGACGAUGAACUUGGAGGAAGAUUGCGUAGCGCACAUGAAGAGACUAGACAGCGAAAUGCCUAUAGAGACGGCGCGAGCGUACUUGGGUCGAUUCGGCCUGUCUGGCGAGCUCGCGACAAAGCCGAUUAAAGUUUUGUCCGGCGGGCAAAAGUCACGUCUAGCAUUUGCCGAACUCGCGUGGAAGCAACCUCACAUUCUCCUUUUGGAUGAACCUACUAACCAUCUUGACUUGGAAACGAUCGAGUCACUUGCCAUGGCGCUCAACAACUUCGAAGGCGGCGUCGUGUUAGUCUCGCACGACGAGCGUCUCAUUUCGCUCGUCGUCGAUGAAAUUUGGAUUGUCACGAAGGGCGACAUGAAAUCCAAUCCUCCGGUCCCAGGAAGCGUACAAGUUUUCAAUGGAUCGUUCGACGAUUACAAAGCCAAGUUGCGCGAAGAGUUUUCGGGCGGCAACUUGUUGUCGGAGAAACGAAAAGCCGAAAAGAAGAGGGGAGGUGGGCGUGCGCCCGAACCCGAACCCGAACCCGAGAAGGCGCCCGCACCGGCGAAGCCUCCCGGAAAGAUCAUGAUGGACAGUGCGUUCACAAAGUCCACGUCAAACGAUAUCUCCAACGAACAAGAUCGCCCGACUUCGUCCCAGGUGAAAUGGGUUCCGCCUCACUUGCGAGGCGCCGCGCAACAAGACCAAGAGAACGCGGGCAGUGCCGACCAAGCGUGGGGCGAAGAAUGA